GUUUGUAUACAGGCAUUGUCUCGAACAGCACGCCCGCGUUGUGCGGACCGAGGACCAAUCAGUCCACCAUGGCGGCGUCCGGUGGAACUUUAAACUGUGAGGACUUUUCAAUGUUUCAGGAGGGGCUGAAGGUGAUGCGCACCAUAGAUGACCGCAUCGUCCAUGCGCUGAACACCACCUUGCCCACAGUCUCCUUCUCGGGCAAAGUGGAUGCCACACAAACGUGCAGACAACUCUAUGAGUCUAUGAUGGACGCCCAUCUGACCAGAGACAAAGCUAUCAAGUCCUGUAUAGCUCAAACUUCAGAGGAGGUGGGACAACUGCGUGAACAAAGAGCAAAAGAUGGCGAAAAUCUGGCCCUCCUCAAACUGCUCAGAAAGGAGCAGACCAAAUUAAAGCUAAUGCAGUCAGAGCUGAAUGUUGAAGAAGUUGUCAAUGAUAGAAGUCUGAAGGUUUUCAGUGAAAGAUGCAGAAUCCACUACACGCCUCCGAAGGUGAAGUGAAGCUCCGUCUGAGAGGAGCUGCUUCACUUGAGGUUCGAAUCCAGACUUGAGCUGAUGCUGAGUCCCGCCUGCAGGCCAUCCAGAUCGCCCUGACCUCCUCGCCAACACACUUGUAUUCCAUUGUGACUUGCAUUGCAUUACCACAGCUGUACAACAGUCAUUAGUGUGCUUCUUUAAUGAGAAACAUUGUAUGAAAAUAGUUUUUUUUAAAAAGACAAUGAAAUGUUUUCAAGCAA